AGAUGUCAGAGAAACAGGAAGAAAUUCUUUCCAUUCUAGAAGAGAAAUUUCCUGAUUUGCCUCCAAGAGAAGACAUUAUCAGUGUUCUGCAAGAGACCCAAUGCAAUGCUCAGGGUUUAAGUAUUGAACAGACAGUGCUGAAGGAUCUGAAGGAACUGUCAGAUGGAGAAAUAAAAGUAGCAAUUAGUACUGUAUACAUGACCCUUGAGGACUGUAUGUUUCAUAGAAACAUUACCACUGACCUGAAGAUUUUUACCGAAAAGUAUGGCUUUGAUGUACUCAUCCUUUUGACCAGUUACUUAUCAGAUGACCAACAGACAAAACGUCAAAUAGCUGUAUAUUCAGAAAAUGUGGAGUUAUGCAAUCAGAUCUGCUGUGAACUGGAAGAGUGUCAGAAUCCUUGCUUGGAGCUGGAGCCCUUUGAAUGUGGCUGUGAUGAGAUCCUGGUGUAUCAGCAGGAGGAUGCUAUGAUAACUUCUGAUCAGAUGGUUCUCCUUGUCAAGGAAGUCAUUAACAGGAGGUGUUCAGAAAUGGUCUCCAACAGCCGGACAUCCUCCACUGAAGCUGUGGCUGGGAGUGCACCACUUUCUCAGGGAUCUUCUGGCAUCAUGGAGUUGUAUGGCUCUGAUGUAGAACCACAGCCCAGUUGUGUGAAUUUCAUAGAAAACCCUCAAGACCUUAAUGGCUCCAUCCCAGCUCAGGUGGAUGUCAACGUAGAUCUUGUGAGCCCUGAUAGUGGGUUGGCAACCAUUCGGAGCAGUCGUUCUUCCAAGGAGAGCUCAGUUUUCCUAAGUGAUGACAGCCCAGUUGGUGAAGGUGCUGGGUCUCAUCAUAGCCUCCUCCCAGGGUUUGAUUCCUAUAGUCCCAUUCCUGAAGGAGCAAUAGCUGAGGAGCAUAAACCACAGUCUGGAGAAGAUGGUGAACAUUUUGAUCUUUUCAACUUUGACCCAGCACCCAAUGUUUCCGCACAAUCUCAGUCAUCCUCCCGUUCAGCUGACUAUUCCCCAGCAGAUGACUUCUUUCCCAACAGUGAUUCAUCAGAAGGACAGCCACCCACAGUGCCAAAGGAACUUGAUGAGAUGAAUCUAUUAGGGAAUGACAUGGCUAAUUACUCAGCAGGUUUACUGAUGACAGUGGCUGAAAAAGAUAGCCUUCUGGAAUUCGAUGGGGAAUUUGCCCAGAGGCAAGAAAGCCCUGGGGACCUCUCAGAAAGAACUUUGAGCCUCACUGAUUUUGUGGGAGAUGACUCUCCUCCUUCUGAGAGGCUGAAAAACAUUGGGACAAGAGUCCCACCAACUCCAAUGAACAGCUUUGUGGAAAACUCACCACUCACAGAGGACCCAACCUUGCUCUUCCCAGAAAACAUGCUGCAAAAAUUAAAUGACUUAGAUCACACAGGGCCUACUCAAACCCGCACGAGGUGCAGCAGCUGGUGGGGUGGUUUAGAAAUUGACUCCAAAAAUUCUGCCCUUCUGAACACUGACACAUGGAGUUCCAGUGAACAGGAAUCUGUCUUCCAGAGUCCUGAGUCCUGGAAAGAUCACAAAGCAAGCCCCAUUGAUAGGAGGGCCUCUGACUCUGUAUAUCAGCAAAAGCAAGCGAGACAUGGUGAAUACCCAAAACUGGAUCCCUGGGAGAGCAAACUUGAGCAAGAGACUGUGGGCAGCUCGGAUACCCACCACCAAAGUGAGGACAAUCCAGAACACCAGCAACUGCCUUCUGAAAAAUCAGACCUAUCACAUGCUUCCCCCCAGGGGACAUGUCACUUGAUAGAAGACUUUGCCGCUGUGUGGAAGCCCAGCUCAGCUUCUGCAAUGGAAAGAGAUCCAUGGGAAAAUCCUGCAAAUGACAGUGGUGGACAGGCAGAUUCAGAGCCUUUCCCUACCUGGACUAAAUUUAGUAAAGAAGACAACACCAAUGCUCUGAAAAAGGCCUGGAAUGUGCAUCAGAUGGACCAAAAUCUGCCUCCCAAAAGGGACCAUGAUGAGUGGGCUGUGGCAAAGAAUGACUUUUCUUUUUCUGCAGAUUUCCCAUCAGAGAAUUUGCCCAAAACUCCAAAUAAUCAAGUGACUUCAGAAGCCUGGAAUGAGAGCAAAGGUGACACCAACAAUGUGCACAUUGAAUCUGAGAAUCCUAGUCUUGAUUCUGACAUUGUAUGGAAUAAUUCCAAGCUGCUUAGGGAAAAUCAGGAUGGGUUCAAUGGUUCUGAGAUCAAGGGGAAAUCAUUUGAAAAGGUAAACACCUGGAACUUGUAUGAAGAGAAUGAUAAGGAAGGUCCCGCUCCCUGGGAAGAUUCUUUCUUAUCAUAUAGGUGCUCAGACUUUAGCACAUACAAUGUAGGUGAAGAUUUGGUUGCUUCUGAAUUGGAUACCAACUAUUCUACAUCAGACUCAUACAUAUCACCUACAUUUGUAGGGGAGGAGAAAGAAACCGAGGACAAAACUUUUGAUCAUGAUGUUAACAUGGCUGCAGAGGAGACCUCACUGAAUAAGUCAAAUGAUGCUGAAAAUCUUCCUCAGCCAAUGGAACCUCCAGCCUACAGAAAUAGAAUUGGUUCAGGCCCCGGGACCCUGGAGAUGUGGACAACACAUGUACCAAAUGAGAACCAGACUGUGACAGUUGAUUCAGAAACAAAUGUCCCUUCAAAUCUACAUAAAGAUUUGCUCAAGUUAGGAUACCCAGAUAUUAAAAAUCUCUCGGCCGAGGAUGAUGCUGGGGAAAGCAGCCAAUCUAGUUAUGAUGAUCCUAGAAUGAUGCAGAUGUAUAAUGAAACAAAUCGACAAUUGACCCUCAUGCAUAGUAGCACAGACCACAGGCAGGCAGCUCCUGAGAAUACUGACUUAUGGAAUAGAGUUAUCCUUGAGGACACACAAUCAACAGCAACUAUUUCAGAUCUAGAUAAUGAUUUAGACUGGGAUGACUGUAAUGGGGGAAUGGAGAUUUCCAGAGAAGGGCAAGUCCAAGGAUACAUGCAUGAAAGCACAGAACCAGAAACUCGAUUUUCAGUGAGACAGCUAGAACCAUGGAGUGUUGAGAGUCAGGAGGACAGUCAGGUAGGAUGGGAGCACCAUAUGCCUUACAAUGCCUCUGAGGAAGGAAAAGAUGACACCUUCAAUGAAUUCAAUUCAUUAAAUGAGAAAAGUGGACAGCAAAUCUUUAGCAAUAUUUGGGAUACAGUCAUGAAAGAUGACAAUGUGUCAUCCUUAAUACUGCCUGACCCAUCACACAUGGUAGAUUCAGAUGAAAACAAAUCACCGUGGGAAACUUUGAGUUCAUCAGAAAAUGUUAAGAACAUCAACAUCCCAGAUAAGCUAGAAAUCUUAGAAAAUGAGCAGGAAGAAGCAUUUACACCUGUCACCCCUCUGGCUGAUUCUGUCAACCAGGAAACACAAGAAAGUACUUCAGUGAGCAAUGAAGGAUGCUUUGCAACAAGUCCUGAGAAAAAAGAACAUCCUGACCAUUUGGACAUAUGGAAGGACCAGAGUUAUAAACACAGUGAAGAUGACAAUAACAUACAAGAAAAUACUGAUAAAGAAUAUUUAGUUGAAGAGGAUACAAGAAGUUCUGAGGUAGAUGCUGCUUCAGGAAGUUCAGAAAGAGAAGAAGGUGACUCAGAACUCUGUUCUCCUGUUGCAUUUGAAACUCAAGGGACCCAUGAUAACUCUAUUAAAAGCAUCUCUCCUUCAGUUGCAUCUAGUUCCCACACCAAUGAAAUCUCAGAGGAGCUGGUGGAAUUCCAGGGCAAUACUACUAACCAAGGGAGCAGUGAUGCACAAGCAAGAGCUUCCACAAAUAAUCUGAAGAUAAAUAAUGCCUGUGAAAAGCAUUUAGUGGAUCAGGAAAAUUCAGUUGACACUGCUAACAUUUUAUCUAUUCAGAAUCAAGCGGCAACAGAUCAUUCAUUAUCUGAAAUGAGCCUUGAGAAAAAUGAGACAUAUAAAAUUCCGGUAUUAGAGAGUGUAUCCACAGAGAAAGUAGAUAAGGCACCUCUUCUUAAAAGUCCCCAGAGUCUUGACAUUUGGAAUGCAUGUGUAGGUGGUGACUCUCAAUCCAAUGGAACAAGUCUUGAAAUAAAUGAAGACUGUGAAAUGAAAAGUAUUAAAAAUCAUCUUGCUACAGGCAAUUUUCAAACGGGAAAUGGUGAGGAUGAUAUUGUAUCCAGUGAGUAUACACACUCGAGUGCAUCAAGCCCUGAUCUAAGCGAUCCAUCUGCUUCUAUACCCAGCUUGGGUGAUGUGAAGACUGCAGACUAUCAGCAAAAGAAUCAAGAUGACUGGAGUACAGGGAAUAAUAAAGACUCUGAACUUGUUACCACUGAUGAUCAACCAGAAAUGGUACCUGAAGUGGGAGACUUACAGGGAAAAAUGAUGGAUGAAUUCCAAAAGGUUGUCAAUCACAAAGCUCCUAAAUCUUUAGAUAUCUGGAAUGCCCAAGCAGAGGAUGAUGACUCCCUUUCUUCUUUUUCAAGCCCUGAUGGCGGCAACACUCCUCAAAAUUCAGGAUCUCAGGAAAGAAGUUCAGCAGUUAACUAUUACCAAAAAAAUGAACCUGAAAUUCCUGAAACUGCACUCAAUAAUGAUACUAAGUCCAUUACAAUAAGCUCAGGGAUUAAUGGCAGUUCUAAUGGUGAAGAUAAAUUGGAGAAAGAAGUUCAUUCGAUCACUUCCCAAGUAGAUUUGCAGAAGAAUUCUAGGAUAUGGAAUAUAUUUAAUGAAAAAAAUGUAUGUUUGACCAUAGCUGACCAUGAAAAUCAGGAAUUUUCUGAAUAUAGAGAUUCAACCAAAGGUGAGAGUCAAGGAAGUCCAUCUUAUGAAGAUCAAAGCAGUCCUGAUCAUUGGAAUUUCUCACCUAUAAAUAAAAAUGAGGAACAGGCAACCAGAUUUAGAGAGGAGGCAAAAUGUUCUCCAGAGACACUGAAGGCUGAAGAUGCAAGUGAAGAGGCAUCAUUGCCAAUGUCUCCUAAAAAUGAGUCAGAAAUAAAGCCUAAGUCCACAGUGGAAACUCUUGGAUUUUCAGCUGAGAGAGCAGAAUGGUGGAACACCUUGCCCCAGAAAAAGAGCCCAGAAGAGAUGAAACCUUCUGACUCAGACAGUGUUUUAGAAGAGACCUCUUCUGUAUACCAAAAGGUGGAUCCAUGGAAUAUACUUAUUCAGGGUGAUCUUGAAUCCAAAGAAGCACUUCACGUUGAUCCUUUCACAGAUGAAAACAAGCCACUCUUUCAAGGUGACAAUGAAGAAAACUAUGAACCAUCUUGGAAUAUCCAACCAACUCAGAUGGCCUCAGAUUCUGUACAGAUAGAACAGUUUGAUGAGUUUGACCCAAGCCAAGAAGAAAAGGAUGUGAAAGAGCAACUAUUCAUAUCAACUGCUGCUAAUGAGCUUGUGCCUGAAAGCCAUACCCAAGAACAAUGUCAAGACAGAAUGCUACCUGCUCUGGAUCAGCCAGAUUCAGAACUUACUCAUGCAAAUGAUUCCAUUGCCAUCAGUCCUUCCUCUCAAAUGACAAUGAAGUCUAGUCCUGGAUGGAGUAGUUCCCCACCUGGUCGGGUCCCUCAAGAUACAUUUUUCCCAGAUAUUUUGCAUGACAAUUUCCAAGAAGGUAGGCAGAUUAUCUCAGCCAUGCCUGAUCUGUGGACUGAUACUGAACAGCCCCUCAGCCUGAAAGCAGAUGGUGAAAAUCCAGACAUAUUGAAUCACUGUGACCAGGAGAGCAACUCCCAGUCUUCCACCAGUCCUGAUGUGUGUCAUGAAUAUGAAAUGAAGGAAGAGUCUGGGCAGCAUCUUGCCCAAGCUUCAGCCAGCCCUAGAGGUGAAGCUAGUGAGUUUUAUCUCACCAAAUCAGAGGGGAAUCAAGAAACUUCUCUGGUUCCUAGACAGACAUUUGCCAUUCACAAUGUGGGAAUGCAUCCUGAAAAACAAUUUUCCUUGCAUCCAAACAAUGAACAAGCAAAUGUUGAUAGACUAGUCUCUCCCAGAACUUCCUUUGAACCUUCUGAACUGCUUGGUGACAAUGGAGCAAACUUAGAAGAAUUUAAAAGUGAAACCACCCUAGAAACAGCAUCAGGUUUGGAACCAGUGGAAAUGGAAGAUUUGGCUGUUGAAAACAUGGGAGCCUAUGCUAUCAUAACUCCCCAGGCACCAGCUAUUAUUAAGGUGAAUAGCUCAUAUACAACAGAUGAUAUCUUUUCUGAAAGUAAAAAAGAUACAAAUGCCUUGAUUAGCACUGAACAUCCUUUAACUGGUGAGAAGCCAGAUGCCAACACUGGGAUCCUAACAGCCACAAGCCCUUUUUAUGAUAGAAAUGAGGCUAUUAUAGGACACAGUUUGAAUGGUGCAAUGAACACUUCAGACGGAACAAUGAAGGACAUGGAAAAAUCACCAUUAGAAGAGAACAACCCUGAAAACGCUACAGGAAGACAAACUAUCUGUCUCUCAGCAGCCUCUUGGGGUGAUUUUGAAGACAGCUCAAUGGUUACAAAUUUUGAUGAAGAAGCAAUAAAAGAGCCUGAACACUUCCAUUAUGGUGGCGAGGCUCUCCUGGAGGAGACUUCCACCAAAUAUCCACUUGUGCCAUAUACACCUCCCUUUGAUUUGUCAUUUCUCACAGAGGCGCCCCAAAGCUCCAUGCAGGAGAAAGAAGUACUCUCAUCUGAGGAACAAUCUUCUGACAGCGAAAUGGAAGAAUUAUUGUUCCCUGCACCAUUGUCUAGAAAAGAUACCACAAGCCAUUCAGGGAAAAGAGAUGGUAAGGCCAGGCACCAGUUGCUUGAAUUACAUAUACGGGAAGAUCCGGAGCCAACAUCCUUGCCAUUAGAAUCUGGUUCCAAUCUUGGGUCAGCUCUUUCUUCCAAUGAAGUAGAAUCACGUAAUUCUAAUCCACCAGCAGGUGGAGACGUGAGACCACCUAAUGGUGUUAUCCAAAACCCAUUAGACUUUGAAGUAGAAUUUGUUUCUAGCAAGGAUCCUGAGCUAAGAAUGGGAAACAAGGAAGACACAUGUAUGGAGAUGAAUGAGGACCCAAGUGCACUACAAAUGGAUUAUAUUCUUGUUGACCAUGAAGAAAAUUUCUCUGAAAGGAAGGUUGCCCUUGAGCCAAGGGAAAGUAAAUCCCAAUUACAAGAAGUCACUGUUGGGUCAGAACAAAUGGAGCUUCCAGGAGAGUUUUCAGCAUCCUCCCAGGAUAUAUUACAGUCAGUUGCAAUAAAUGAAAGGGAAGGCCAGUCUGCAGUGGGAUCUUUAAUAGAGAAUGGUUCUUACAUUGUGCCUCUGAAACUGGAAGAUGAAAGGAGAGCUCUCGAAAGCCCUGGGCAAGACCCAAGUUGGAUGGUCUUAGGCCAAAAUGAGGUUUACAAUGCAUCACCUGAAGAGAGUUUCAGACAAACAGAAAGAGUGGCCUUGGGGUCUGGACAUUCUGUCACGGCUGCAGAUCAGAGACUGAGAGAAGCUGAACAGACUGAAGUCUGUGCCGAGACAAGAAACAGUAGUCCUCUUGAAUCUUCAAGAAUGGAGAAGUCCUCUUGCCAGGGUGGCCUGGCAAGGAAGAAUAAGAAUAAGACCACAAGCGAGGCAGACAGAGAUGCUCUUUUGCUAAAGGUGGUUGCCCAUGACAAUGAAUGGGAAAUGCUUUCACCACAGAUUCCUGAAGGUAGCAUGGCCCCAGAAAAGGAAAUGGAGGAGGAGACAGAGUUUCUUGACUCUGAACCAACAGAACCAAGCCCAAGAGGACCACUAGCAGAUGAUGUAGGAAUGGACAUCCCCUUUGAAGAGGAAGAGCUAAGUCCCAAUUCUGCAGACAUGAGACCUGAACCACCUAAUUCUCUGGAUCUUGAUGGCUCUCACCCCCGGAGGAUAAAACUCACAGCCCCAAAUAUCAACCUUUCUCUGGACCAGAGUGAAGGAUCUGUUCUCUCUGAUGAUAACCUAGAUAGCCCAGAUGAAAUUGACAUCAAUGUGGAUGACCUGGACACCCCCGAUGAAGCCGAUUCUUUUGAAUACACUGUCCAUGAGGACCCAGCAGCCCUCCAAGAUUCUGGCCAGGAGGCAGAGUCCAUCCCAGAAUACACUGCUGAGGAGGAGCGAGAGGACAAUCGCUUGUGGAGGACGGUCGUGAUUGGGGAACAGGAGCAAAGGAUUGACAUGAAAGUCAUAGAGCCUUACAAAAGAGUCAUUUCUCAUGGAGGAGAUUCAGGAUACUAUGGGGAUGGUCUAAAUGCCAUCAUUGUGUUUGCUGCCUGUUUUCUGCCAGACAGCAGUCGGGCUGAUUACCACUAUGUCAUGGAAAAUCUUUUCCUGUAUGUAAUAAGUACUUUGGAGCUGAUGGUAGCUGAAGAUUAUAUGAUAGUCUACUUGAAUGGAGCAACCCCAAGAAGGAAAAUGCCUGGACUAGGCUGGAUGAAAAAAUGUUAUCAGAUGAUUGACAGAAGGUUAAGGAAGAAUUUGAAAUCAUUCAUCAUUGUUCACCCAUCUUGGUUCAUCAGAACAAUCCUUGCUGUGACACGACCUUUUAUAAGUUCAAAAUUCAGCAGCAAAAUACAAUAUGUCAGCACCUUAUCAGAGCUCAGUGAGCUGAUCCCAAUGGAAUGUGUCCAUAUCCCAGAGAGUAUCAUCAAGUACGAUGAAGAGAAAUCUUAUAAGAGAAGUGUGAGUAUUGACAUGAAGCUGAAAGAAAAACUGUAGCUGGUGGGGGUUUGCAGGAGAAGAUGAUCCCUGAAUUGAAGCCCUUCUAAAACAUACGUACCUAGAAGAGAAGAGAUGACUGAUGACUCACUUUGCACUACCUGGUGCCAUUGGAAACUUCAGGGUGGAGGUGGGGGGAAGCAGUGGUGAAUUUUUUUCAUUUAACCAUAGUUUUAUGUAAUUGUGUGUGUGUCCAAUUAAGUUAUUAUCCUGUGAUCAUGAACCUCAUGUACUCUUUAGUUAAACCCUCCCAAGAAAGCAGAGAGUUCUGUUUGUAUGCAUUGCUGACUGUAAUAUCUCUCACCUCCAUCACUACCCUCAACCUCUUAGAUAAGCCAGACAGGAAUAUUAAGAGAUAAGGCACUUUAAUUCCACAGAUUACUUCUUUUCCUUCAUAAGCAUUUUACAUGAAGACAGUUUCAUGUCUUCCUGUGUUAUACUUACCCUAUCUACAAAGCUUUCCCUACUCACAUUGGUCCAUAGGUCACAAUACAGGGUGUGGAACCUUGAUCCUUGAACUACAUAGCUCAACAAUUAGUGAGCAUCCCUUAAAGUAACUUCCCAGAAAGAAAUUCUUGCUUGAACCCAAACCAAUUUUGUUUUUUAUUUGUCUCAUCUGACAGCUUUAUUUUUCUUAAUAUAUGGUCUUUUAAAAAACUGUUUAUCACACAGUACCUAAGGAGGCAUCCUAAGGCUAGGGAAGGUGAAAUGCAACAUGUGUAUGGUUUCAUGGGUACUGUGAUACCUUUAGUCCUUCAGUCUGGACUCUCAGCUUAGUAUGGGUCCUGUUAUCUGAAAAUAUUAACAGCAUACAACAGCAAACACAAAAUAAGUGAACCACUCAUAAAAACAAAUCUGCUGUAAGAUUCUAUCCUUUGACUAUAGGCUUACAAUGUGCUCUUAUUUAUAAAAAAUAAUUCCUUCUCAUUUUAUCGAUAUGCACCAUUUUACACAGCAACUUUAUUUUUAAUUUGUGUUUGAAUUUUAAUUUAAAUAUCAUGCACAUUUUUGCUUUGUUCAUUUGUAUUUAAGUAUGUAUUUACCCAAUAGAAUACAUAAGUAAACACACCUAAAUUUAUUUUCUGUUUUUAUAAAUGAUAUAAAUCCCUUUUAUACCAUUUGAGAGUAAAAUGCAUAGUCUUUUGAAAAAAAGAUGGCAAACCACUGACCACAAAAAUGUUUGUCUGGCAGUAUUUGUUUACAUGGCCAAAAUGGAGGCUGUUCUUAAAAAACCUUUAAUGGACAACAUUUGAUGCUAAUCUCACUUUUUUUCUAUAUAUGUGUUCUUAACUUCCAAUACUACCUAUCAUCUGUGGGCUAGAAUGAAUGAGAGUCAUGGAAAUAAAGAGUUUCCACUCCGUACUGCUGUACGGAUUCCAGUUUUAUGCCAUGGAAUGAUGGUUCUUUACCUUUUCUGGGAGAGACUUUUAGAAUCUUAAAUACUCAAGUGGAUCUAUGGUCUCAUCAAUUUGGAAGUUCUCCUCCCCACCCCCAACCCUCACCAUAAUGAUGCCCAUCACAGUGCCUCUGUGGCUGCCCAUCCUGGACAACUUUUGUCCAGGUCCUCCCAUAAGUUUACUAUAGGGUUCCUCCCAACCUUUGGAUAUCAAAUUGAAUUUAACAGCCUCCUCUUUGCAACUUUUAUUCCUAACUUCUCUUUUCUCUAUAAUCAGCAGACUUUUCCUUUCUUUUAUCUCCAGACUUUUCUGUCUUUUCCCAUUCCCUAGCCAAGACCUGUCAGUCCUGGUCCCUUUUAAUUGACAAAUGUGCCUGUGAUUAAAUCAUUUCUUCCAAAUACUUUAGAUUCCAUGCCCAACCCUACCUCACACUUCCAAAAAUUCCUGCCCUAGGGAGCACUGGCCAUCCCAGGCUAUUGUAUUUCACUUCUGGAAACCAGGUACAGUUCUGGGGAGAUAAGCUUGAAGACACAUAUAAAUUGGUAGAAGGCAGAGGUCAUUUCCAACUAGAGAAUAGGCUGAAAUCUCACCAUUGGACAUGGCUUUUGAUUCAUCCUGCUGAUUUAUUUGAAAUAGCCCUGGUAAUCCACAGUUGUAGGCUUUAUCUUCACUGACUCUACCUUGGAUAUCUUUACAAGUCAGUGGCUUUCCUUGGGCUUCUCCAUUGUUUGCAUGCCAAUUCUGAUAUUUAGUUCUUUGCUUUUAUAUUCCACUAAAAAAGAUAGACAAUUAAAUUAAUUCUGCUUUCUGAAAGAAAGGUACUGUGCAAAUUCAAUUCAAAAAAUCCAAGGAGCUGAAAAUAAUACCUAAAUAUAUAGAUAUCUAUACUGACCUUCACAUUCUGAUCAGUUUUGCUCUCUGGUUGACUUUUGGAAACUGCCUAGCACUUUACCUGUGAGUCAGUGGUUAGAAGAAUGGAAGAUUUGGGGGGACAUUAUUGCCUUCAAAUGAUGCUGUUCCCCACAAAACACUUCCCUUAAAUGAACAAGUGGAAAUGUUCAUGGCCUAGGCACUCAGACAGUGAGAAACUUUGUUUGAAGGCGACAGCUGGGUGUGGGGGGAAAUCCUGAAGCUCCUAUUGAAGCCAUAUGAUGUUUAAAAACAGGUUUGACAAUAAGACCUACCUUAAAGCUUAUUAGAAAGUCUGCUCGUAAGUGUCAUCUUUAAGAUAUCUUAAAUAUUCAACUAUGGUAAUAUGUUUGCAGUUAUAUCAAUGCCUCUCAGUAGCUGAUUCACAUAGAAACACUUAGAAUUGCACAAAUUAAUCUUUUAUAUACAAAUGGGUUUUUCUACUAUGUAUCAGUUUGCUCAGAAUAAAGUAUAUCUAAACUAUUAGAUUUUGAUUUGGUAAAAUCUCUAUCUACAUGUAACAAUGAUGCCUAAAUUGUAUAGACUAACCAAUACAGAAAUAUGUAAUAACAUUGUAUGUAUGGCCUCUCUAUAAUUCUGAAAUAAAAGCUAUAAUCUCA